UUAAAAGCAGCAACAAUCAGCUGAUCUCUCACUUACAGUUCUUCUUUCGUAUUCUGGUCUUUGGCGACGCCUCCUCUUAUAAAACGGCGUGCGAAAAUCACUGUCAAAGGUUUGGAGGUUUGCAGACCAAAUAAACACUGACAUGGCUCCGACACUGUAUGAUGACAAACCAGAGCCUGGGGACUUGAUUGAAAUCUUCCGUGGCUCCUAUCAGCACUGGGCUGUUUAUGUUGGCGACGGCUUCGUUGUUCACUUGGCACCGCCCUCUGAGGUUGCGGGUGCAGGUGCCAGCAGUAUGAUGUCUGUCCUGGCUGAGAAGGCCCUUGUGAAGAAAGAGGAGCUGUGGGACGUGGUGGGAAUGGACAAGUGGAUAAUCAACAACGGCCUGGACAAGAAGUACACUCCCCGCCCUGCUCGUGCUAUUGUGAGGGAGGCCUGUGCGCUGGUGGGCACAGAGCUGCCGUACUGCGUCUUCAGGGGAAACUGUGAACACUUUGUUAACGAGCUGCGCUACGGAAAGGCCGAGUCCCGGCAGGUGCGAAAGGCGGGAGAAGUGGUCGUGGGCGUCGGCAUCGCUGCAGCUGUGGGUCUGGGUGUCCUGGCUCUGGCAGGCACUCUGUUUGGAGGCAGCAAAAAAGAGAACAACAACACUCAGUGAUGCUCUCGGUCACACCUCUGUGGUCACAUGUAUAGUAGGGGGCUUGAUUAACAGAUCACCAGCGAAGCCUAACUGGUGCUUACCGUAAUCCAUCACAGAUAACACUGCCCAGUUUAUAUGAAAGUAAAUGUUAUUUAUCAGAUUGAUUUCUGCCGUAUAUACUCAACUCAACUGCACCAUCUACUUUCUUUGGUUUGAAGAACAAUGCAAGCCUGGCUGGUUUGGGAUCAAGGCCCUGUAUCUUUUCAUAGUCUUCAAUAUUUUAUGCUCCAAGCACAAUUUCAUCUAAUAGUGUAUUUUAAGUGCCAAAUGAAGCAUGUUUAAAUGUUUUCAUAUGGAUUUCUGAUGAUUUCUGUAGAUAUAUUUUUGGAUUAUGGGGGGGGGGGUCUUUUCAGUGUAACUUUACAUAUGGAAGAAUCAUUUUAAGAUGGUCACUCAUAGUUUCCUAUAAUGAAAUAUUAGUUACUUUAAUUUAAUAUAAUGGGAUCUGAGGUUAAAAUUAGGUAAUGAGCUAAUAAUUACCUAUACCUAAAUAUGCUCAUUUAAUGAAGUGUUCCUACAUCGGACAGAAAGGUCAUGUUAUACCAUUGUAUUUGUAACAAUUUUGAAUAAAGAUUAAUCUGUCCGAA